AUGCAGAGCCCAGCAUCCCUGUAUGAGCUGGCUAAGCAGAACCUGAUGAAGGGUGAUACCACAACCAGCGGUGCUUUGCAUGAGCUGCCCACUGUGAUCUUCCAUGACUUAUUCAUGGAUGCUUUCAUGAGGGAACACAAUGAGGUCUUGAAGGUUAUGGUGCAGUUCUGGCCAUUCCGCUACCUCCCUUUGAGGACCCUUAUGCAAAUGAGGAAACAAGAUACCCCGCAUGCUCAGUUAGGAGAGAUUACAACAGAAAAGAGAGAUCUGCAGACCUUAGAAGCCCUACUGGAUGGACUUGACAUGCAGCUGUCCCAGAACGUUCAUCACAGCUAUUCCGAAAUCUAUGCUUUUUACUUACUACAGUUACAAAAUCUACAAGAGCUGCAUAUGAACAAAGUCUCCUUCCUGCGUGGAAAUCUGCAUAAGAUCAUCAGGAGCCAGACCCCCUUGGAGGCUCUGUCCUUGUGUUCAAGUCCCCUGGAUGAAUCUGAUUUGAAGCAUCUUUCCCAAUGUUCAAGCACAAGCCAGCUCAAGGCCCUGACUCUGAGGAGAAUUUCAAUUAAAUCAUUCAAUCCCAGGACCCUCCAGGUUUUGCUUGACAAAGUGUCCAACACCCUGGAGACCUUGAUUCUAGAAUGCUGUGAUAUCACAGACACUCAGAUCCUGGCCAUCCUGCCCGCACUCAGCCACUGUUCCCAGCUGAAGGCCUUCAAUUGCUAUGGAAAUGACAUUUCCCAUGGGACACUUCAGGCCCUGUUGUACCAAACUGCUGGACUGAGCCAGUUUACCCAAGGGCUGUAUCCUGCCCCCAUGGAGAGUUAUCAGUCUAAUGUUCUAACAGAGUUUGUGGACUCUCAGAGAUACGCUCAAGUCUAUGCUGAACUGACACCAGUCCUGCAGGACAUAAGACCAUCCCCCUUGAAUUUUGAUCCUACAGUAGCCUUUGGAGGCCACAAUUAG